AUGACGACCGAAAAUUCGAGGAAGUAUACGGCGGGUUGUUUGUGGGAUAGAUUACGGUGUACGACCGAAGUACAUCCUACCCAUAUGGCGGGUUGUUUGUGGGGUAGAUUACGGUGUACGACCGAAGUGCAUCAUACCCAUAUGGCGGGUUGUUUGUGGGGUAGAUUACGGUGUACGACCGAAGUGCAUCCUAGCCAUACGGCGUGUUGUUUGUGGGAUAGAUUACGGUGUACGACCGAAGUACAUCCUACCCAUAUGGCGGGUUGUUUGUGGGGUAGAUUACGGUGUACGACCGAAGUGCAUCAUACCCAUAUGGCGGGUUGUUUGUGGGGUAGAUUACGGUGUACGACCGAAGUGCAUCCUAGCCAUACGGCGUGUUGUUUGUGGGAUAGAUUACGGUGUACGACCGAAGUACAUCCUACCCAUAUGGCGGGUUGUUUGUGGGGUAGAUUACGGUGUACGACCGAAGUGCAUCAUACCCAUAUGGCGGGUUGUUUGUGGGGUAGAUUACGGUGUACGACCGAAGUACAUCCUACCCAUACGGCGUGUUGUUUGUGGGGUAGAUUACGGUGUACGACCGAAGUACAUCCUACCCAUACGGCGUGUUGUUUGUGGGAUAGAUUACGGUGUACGACCGAAGUACAUCCUACCCAUACGGCGUGUUGUUUGUGGGGUAGAUUACGGUGUACGACCGAAGUACAUCCUACCCAUACGGCGUGUUGUUUGUGGGGUAGAUUACGGUGUACCACCGAAGUACAUCCUACCCACAUCGCGAGUUGUGUAGGGAUUUUUAAUCUAUGUCAUGAUGCCGCUAAUUGCGAUAAAUCGAAUGAUCAGGGCUUCCUGGGCGCUGGCAAGACAACGUUGGUGCGCAACAUCCUCACAGCCAACCACGGCUACCGGAUUGCCGUCAUCCUGAACGAAUUUGGAGAGGAUGUGGGCAUUGAAAGCAGCUUCGUGCAAUCCCAGGAGGGUCUUCAGCGCCAAGACGGGGAGUGGGUGGAACUGACAAACGGCUGCAUGUGCUGCGCAGUUAAAUCUGACUUCCUGCAAGCCUUAGAAAGCCUGUUGGACAGGCCACCACCACCACCUCCACCACCUCCACCGCUGCCAGCACAGCUGGCCCAUGGAGACGGCGGCGGCGCCAGACCUUCGUCCGCGUCGGCCUCCUCCUCCUCCUCCCGCCUGCCAGAUGCUUCCUCGCGCCGCCGCCGCCGCUUCGACUACAUCCUGAUUGAGACUUCGGGUCUUGCAAAUCCCGGACCCAUCGCCACGGCGCUGUGGACGGACGCUGAGCUGGAGUCCCGCGUACGGCUGGACGGCGUGGUGACGAAGAGCGCAGUGGACCUGGGGCUCAUACUCAACAGGAACGGAUACAGCCACAAGGGUGAUCUAGUGCUGCCACCCAUAGCGGAGGCCGAGGACGAGGUGGAGACGGGGGGCGAGCCCUCGGAGCGGCGGGGCACACACACACCGCCUGAGCGGACCAGCCACGCCGGGGACCAGCCGACCAGCCGCCGGCGCUCUACGGGCGUCUCCUGCUGCUCCUCGCGAGCCCACAGCUUCCACGCACGCUCCGGAACCUCCAGCGCUAUUGCAGCGGCGGCCGCCGCCGCCGUGGCGGCAUGCAGUGUUGGCGGCAACGGCGGUGGGAACUCCAGCGGCGCUGGGUUCAAAUCCUGGGUGGAUCAUUUGUUGUGGGACCGGGACUCCCGGCCUGACGAGAUCUACCGCAUGAAGGGGCUGCUCUGCGUGGAGGGCAGUGAGAAGAAGUACAUGCUGCAGGCUGUGUACGAGCUGUACGAGGUGGUUUCGGGUCCCGACUGGCAGCCCGGGGAGGUUCGAGCCACCCGGGUUGUCAUCAUCGGUCGCAAUCUGAGGCCGGCGGUCGUGAAGGCCUCCUGGGCGCAGUUUGUUGGCGCGGGAGCAUGA